AUGGCGGCGCUGGUGCUGGUGCUGCUGGCGGCGCUGGGCGGGCGGGCCGUGCUGCCGGGCGGGCGGUGCGCGGCGCCGCUGGCCGACCUGCGCUCGCAGAUCUCGGGCGUGGAGUCGCUGCUGGAGGAGUUUCGCCGGCAGCUGCAGCAGGAGCAGCCGGGGCCGCCGGCGGCGGCGGCGACGGACGGCGGCGGGGAGCGGUGCGGCGGCGGCAGCAGCUUCUCCGCCAGGCCCGACUCCAUCAUCCGCACUAAGGACUCCAUCGCGGCCGGCGCCACCUUCCUGCGGGCCCCCGCCGCCGUGGCGGGCUGGCGGCAGUGCCUGGACGCCUGCUGCGCCGAGCCGCGCUGCACGCUGGCCGUGGUGCAGGGGCCUGGCCGGCCGCGGGGGGCGGCGGCGGCGGCGGCGGCGCCGCUGGGCUGCUACCUCUUCAACUGCACGCACCGCGGCCGCCCCGUCUGCCGCUUCGCCCCGCACCGCGGCUACAGCACCUACAGCCGCCGGCCCGCCGGCCUCGCCCCGCCGCCGCCCGCCGCGCCGCCGGAAGAAGAAUAUGACGAGCCUCCACGGUGCAAGGCGGGACAAGAUAUUGUACUGCAGUCCCCUGUCGACUGGGUGCUUUUGGAUGGCCGAGAAAGUUCAGAUGACCGUGGAAUUGUGCAGUACGAGUGGACGCUGCUGCAAGGUGACUCAUCGCUUGAAAUGAAGGUACCGCAACCAGGAACACUGAAACUGUCUCACCUUCAGGAAGGCGGGUAUAUUUUCCAGCUAACUGUGACAGACACUGCAGGUCAGCGGAGCUCUGACAACGUCUCUGUGACCAUUCUGCCCAUGGUUCAUUCUGCAGUAGCCUGUGUUGGGGUUUGCUCUCGCUACCAGUUUAUCUGUGAUGAUGGCUGCUGCAUUGACAUCACGUUUGCUUGCGAUGGCGUGAGACAGUGCCCUGAUGGAUCGGAUGAAACUUUCUGCCAGAACUUCAGCCCAGGUCGGAAGACGGUGACACAUACAGCCCUUGGUACUACCCAGCAAAGGACUGUAGGACUGACUGAAAACACAGAUGCAAACUUCUCUGCAGAAAACACCCUGAAAGCCACUGCCAGAAAUCAACCGCUUCUCUCAGUGGAUGCAGACAUGUCUAGCCAAUCGCUUUCUCAGGGACCAAAGAAACAAAUCAGUGGAUUUGUGCCAGAUAACAGUUCCUCAGGGAAAAGAACAGAUGAUAAAAAUGGGAACGGCAUAAUGGUGCCAAAGAGAGAUCAGCUUGGAGGCAGUCAUCCAGUCCCAGAAACAGGUGCUGUGUUACCCUUAGCCUUAGGCUUGGCCAUCACUGCUUUACUGCUGCUUAUGGUUGCUUGCAGACUGCGUUUAGUGAGACAGAAGCUUAAAAAAGCUCGACCCAUUACAUCUGAAGAGUCUGAUUACCUCAUCAAUGGGAUGUAUCUCUAAAAAUUGGAUUUAGGUCAGUUGUUUUCUCCCCUUUCUCCUGUGUCCAUGAACCUCUGCCUCUAUAAAAGGACCAAAACCUUUAGUUAAGUUUCAAGUGUAGAAGAAGCCUACGAGAUGAGGAACAUGUUCUUCCCCUUUGGUGAUAAAAUAAAAAAAGUGGGUAGAUGCCCGUGCUCAGAAAAUAAGAAGUGUGCAGGCUCCAGAGAGUAGCUCCAGUUGGCUCUUGUGCAGAAGACACUGCAAGGUGGGGACAGCCCAAACUGGAUGCAGGGUGCCCUUGCCCUCCCCGCAGCAGUC